AUGGAACAAAUCCAGCCAGCCUCGGCGUCGCGCGACUCGAGCCAGAACGGAUCUGACAAGAAUGCCUAUCGGCCGCUGUUAGAGAUUGCCUGCUUCAAUCAAGAGUCGGCUAUAAUUGCUGCCAGAGCUGGAGCGGAUCGGAUUGAGCUAUGUCGGGAUUAUGCAUCAGGUGGACUGUCUCCAGAGCCCGAGACCGUGGCCGCAUUGAAAUCGCAGAUCUCCAUCCCAGUCUAUGUGAUGAUCCGACCACAUGCGCAGAGCUUCUAUUACAAUGACACAGACUUUGAAGUCAUGAAGAGUACCAUGCAUUCGUUCAUGGAGAAUGGUGCGGAUGGAUUUGUAUUCGGUAUUUUGGCUCAGAAUGCACCCGAGGAGACCGCUGCUCGGAUUGACGUGGCGAGGAACAAAGAACUGGUGGACCUCGCGCAAGGCAGGCCAUGUACCUUUCAUCGCGCAUUCGACCAGAUAUCGGAAUCGAACUGGGGUACUGCCCUGGCAGACGUUGUGGAGUGCGGGUUUACUUCUAUCCUGACAAGUGGUGGCCCAUCCGGUGCGACAGCGGUUGAAUGUGUCGCCCAACUAGACCAUCUGAUACAUGAACGACUCGAGCGGGUAAGGGAACGCGUGGAGGGUCAUGAUCGGGUACCUCAGAUCAUUGUUGGCGGAGGUGUUAGAGCAAGCAAUGUUGGAAUGUUAUGGGAGAGGACGCGUGCUCCCGCAUUUCAUUCUGCAGCCCUUGCUCAGUCGUCGGUGGAACUGGUCAGUGAUGGUGAAGUGGAGGCGUUAAAGGCUACCCUUAACAACGCAACCUGA